AUGAUGGAAGAACGGUGGAGGUUCAUCACUCGGUGGAAGCUAUUACGCGUGCUUUUGUCAGUGGUGUCUCUGUUAUCCUCGUUCACCAUGGAACCUGUUUGGUGUUCCACUCUCAACUCCGAAGGGUUGGGUCUGCAAAAGAUGAGAGAGAAAGUGGUGAGAGAUCCAUUGGGUGGUUUACGGAGUUGGAAUAGCAGAGGAGUGGUUGAUCACUGUUCCUGGUUCGGAGUGGAGUGCUCCCAUGGCCAUGUUGUAUCCUUGAACCUGAAAGAUCUCUGUCUCCACGGAACACUAGCACCUGAAAUUGGGAAGCUAGUUCACAUAAAAUCAAUUAUUUUGCGCAACAAUUCUUUCCAUGGAGAAAUCCCUAAGGAAAUACUACAAUUAGAGGAGCUAGAAGUUCUUGACUUAGGAUAUAACAACUUUAGUGGACCAUUUCCAUCUGAAGAACUUGGCAGCAAUCCAUCCCUCACUACCCUUUUAUUGGACAACAAUGGCCAUCUUUCCUACUUAACUCCGGAGGUGUAUAAGCUCAAGACAUUUUCUGAAAUGCAUGUAGAUGAAGAACAACUAUCUGGUCCUACUACUAGAGAAGCAUAUGUUACCAAAUCAAAUAUCAGGCACAUUGGCCAACAUGGGGAUCCAACACACAGAAGGGAACUUCUCCAAGCAGCAAAUGGUGCUGAGAGGGGUGAUGAUGACAAAGAAACUCUUUCACCAUCACCUUUUCCCUCUUCACUAUCACCACUUUCAGAGCCUUUUUCACCAUCACCAUCAGAGAGUCCUUCAGAUUCACCAACAUCUCCAGAGCUUUCCCCCUCACCAUCUCCAUCUCUCUCUGGUUUCUUUUUCUCUCUUUCACCCUCGCCUUCACCUAUGGUAGCACCAACUCCAGACACAUCACCUCCAGAAAAUCCACCUUUGGUUGUAUCCACACCACCACAGUCCAAUUGGGUUUCAAUGCCUUCUCCUGCUUCAUCUGCAAACAGUUCAAACCCAAACCAACACACUGUGAUUAUGUGGUCCACAGUUGGGGGCUUGUCCUUGAUUUUGGUGUCAGCUAUUGUUUUUCUUUGCUUCAGAAGUAACAAGGUUGUCACUGUAAAACCUUGGGCCACAGGGUUGAGUGGCCAACUACAGAAGGCAUUUUUAUCAGGUGUUCCAAGUCUGAAACGAACAGAACUUGAAGUAGCUUGUGAGUAUUUCAGCAACAUUAUUGGUUCACUGCCUGAUGGGACUGUUUAUAAGGGGACUCUUUCCAGCGGAGUUGAGAUAGCUGUAGUAUCCUCUGCAGUGACUUCAUCCCAAAACUGGUCCAAAAAUAUGGAAAGUCAAUUCCGAAAGAAGAUAGCUAUGCUGUCAAGAGUAAACCACAAAAAUUUUGUGAAUCUUAUUGGAUAUUGUGAAGAGAACAAGCCAUUCACAAGGAUGAUGGUUUUUGAGUAUGCUCCAAAUGGAACUCUAUUUGAGCAUCUACACGUUAAAGAGGCAGAACGACUAGACUGGGGAAUGAGAAAGAGGAUAGCUAUGGGAAUAGCCUACUGUCUGGAGCACAUACAUCAGCUGACACCACCCAUUGCCUAUAAAAACAUACAAUCUUCCUCGAUAUAUCUGACGGAAGAUUAUGCUGCUAAACUAUCAGACCUUAGUUUCUGGACUGACAUAGUCUCUACGAAGAAGGGUUUUGAGUCCACACAGCUCUUAGAAACAGCUUCAGAAUAUAUCAAGGCCAAUGUUUACAGCUUUGGAGUACUGUUGUUUGAAUUGAUUACAGGAAGAAUUCCCUUUGCAGUGGAGAAUGGCUUAUUUGAUGAUUGGGCAGCAGAAUAUAUAAAGGGACAACCUUUGAGAGAUGUGGUGGAUUCAAACCUGAGCUCUUUGCAAGCAAAUGAAAUCGAGAAAUGGGAAGAAGUGAUUAACAUCUGUGUGGAUCCAGAUCCAGAAAAAAGGCCAACUAUGAAGGAGGUUACUUCUAAGUUGAAGGAAAUCACCUCCAUAGGACAUGAUGGAGCAACUCCAAAAGCAUCUCCUCUUUGGUGGGCAGAAAUAGAAAUUAUGUCCACUGACUUAAGUUCAGACGUCAAUCCAUAA